UGGCGCUCGGCCAUCCAGAAACAAACCACUUCGAUGACUACUAAUAGUUAUAGCCAGAUGUACUAAUACACAACAAAUCACGGUCCGGGAGAGGGGCGAGCAAAUGAGUUCCUAUUUCGUGAAUCCCACUUUCUCUGGGAGCCUGCCCAGUGGCCAGGACUCUUUCCUCGGGCAGAUCCCCCUUUACCCGGCUGGCUAUGAUGCUCUGAGGCAUUUUCCGGCGUCUUACGGGGCAAGCAGCCUGCAGGACAAGACUUACACCACACCUUGUUUCUACCAACAGUCCAACACCGUCAUUGCUUGCAAUCGGGCUUCCUAUGAGUACGGAGCCUCUUGUUUUUAUUCGGACAAGGACAUUAGUAGCGCCUCGCCCUCCGGCAGUGGCAAGCAGAGGGGACACGGGGACUACCUGCACUUUCCUCCCGAGCAGCAAUACAAACCGAGCGGCGGGCAAGCCAAAAUUGUCCAUGACGAAGGCACCGACCGGAAGUACACGAGUCCUGUUUACCCCUGGAUGCAGCGAAUGAACUCCUCUGCGGGUACAGUAUAUGGAACUCAUGGGAGACGAGGGAGGCAAACUUACACCAGAUACCAAACGCUAGAGUUAGAGAAGGAAUUUCAUUUUAACAGAUACUUAACCAGAAGACGACGUAUUGAGAUUGCAAACGCUCUCUGCCUUACUGAACGCCAGAUUAAAAUAUGGUUUCAAAACAGGCGGAUGAAAUGGAAAAAGGAAAACAAAUUCAUAAAUUCCGCACAGCCCAGCAGCGAAGAAACAGAGGAAAAGUCAGGGGAGUAGAGUCAUAUUUAAUAAACGCUACCAGGCCUUUCCUUAGUGCUCACUAUUAUUUUUAUUAUUAUUUACCUGUGUUCCUUCUGCUACUAAAAUCCCAUAGGCUUGUCAUAGUCUAUUAAUUCCCCAAAGGCUUGGAUAAAAGAUGCACAUUUGCAAACAACUGUGGCUUUCUUUAAUGUAUGUAGAAGUCUAAGU